UGUUUAGAAAGUGAAAAUAAGAUGAUGAGAGGUCUUUGUUAAUGUUGGACGGUUUUGUUGGGGCCCCCAAACUAUCUUUGCUUUAUUAUUUCAUUAUUAUAAUCUAAUUUAUUUUCAUUAUUUUGUCAAAGUUUUGGCUUAUUUACUCAAAUACACUUUUGCUGAGUGAGUGUGCAGAAAGCACAGUGCAUAAUAUUCUAAUGACAUACUGAUGAAGUAAAAGCCAAUAUCCUUUGAUUUCCAUUAUCAAAUCAAUAACAGUCACAAAGGAAAAUAAAAGUGUGAUGUGUUAGAAAUUAUUAUUAACCUUUUACACAACUGUGGGAACAAAACACAAAAGUAAGACUAUUUUUUUUACAUGUAAUGCGAGUACAUUAUAGGUAGGUAGUGUCUUGUGUUUACAUGUGACCAGAUGACCUCGCUUGAAUGAAGUCACAGCGGGCUAAUCAGGGAAAACUUUGUACACAGGAGUUGGAAGUGAAAACACAACUGGCACUUUAUGAGCUGAGUCAGGUUGUCUAGAGCAGAUCACAUCUAAAUAUAACCCAGAGUGCUUACAGUGUAGGACCCUACUAAACAACAGCACACAGACUGCAAGCUGGAGCGCACAAAGGCACACAGUCAGAUCAACAGGUGAGACGGGUUGAUACGACUAACAACUUUAUUUUGCGGUGUCGUCUCAGAUGUGACAGAUUUAUACUAAAGUACUCACAUAUAGUAUGACACCAUUCCAAGCAGGGCCUUGGAAUGGUGCUCAUAAACACGUUGGAUGCCGAGAACAAAGCACAGACAGAUGUGACUUUAACGCGUUAUAAGUUUCUAGCACAUCGCUUAAAGAGGACUUGUUAUGCUUUUGCGCUUUUUCCUUUUCCUUUAGUGUGUUAUAUAGUUUUUUUUGUGCAUGUAAAAAUAUUUUUUUCGUAACGCGGUGAUGUCACCAAGUAACACAUUUGCAUAAUAGCCGCCUAGCGGAGAGUUUGGCUCGGUUGGUUGUAUAUAAAUGACGUCAGUCACGUUUUCAUGAGUCAGCUAUCAGAAAGAUGUCUACGGAGCGCAAUCGUUUUUUGACCGAGUUAAAUAUGUGUUUGUACUGUUUACUGGGAGAUGUGUUUAAUUUGAGUCAAGCUUGUUUCUUCUUGUGGACAUACAAAGUUUUGAUUUUUGGUCAGACGACGCUACAAUCCUCAUUGUGUCCUGUGAUAUAGAAAUGGAUGACUUUGAUCAAGAGGGCAUAAACGAGGAAUUUAUCGAGUUUGCCAUUCGAGAGAGCAUUCAAGACGCCCACAAGCUGUCAUGUUUGAUACAAACAAACAGAAAGGAAUCAAACAGUGAUGACCUUAUGAAGAUAAUGGUAGCCAUUCACAAUGGUGAUGUGUCUGCGCUGCAGGAGCUGUCAGGUUGUGUGUCUGCCUUCAGAGAGAGCGACAGCAGGGGCCGGCUGCCUCUGCACGCUGCAGCUGUGCAGCCACAGCCAGAGAUCCUCUGUGAGGUGCUGCAGGCAUUGACAUCCGCAGACAUGACCCUGGAGGAGCAGACAGUGGAUGGGGACACGGCUCUGACUCUGGCUGCGGAGGCCGGCCUGGUGGAAAACGUCAGGAUGCUGCUGCAGCACGGAGCUUCACCUCACAACACCAACAGCAGGAACGAGUACCCUCUGCUGAUCGCAGUGAGACAGAGAUCAUACGACAUGGUCGUAUCCCUCGUCAUGGGCGGGGCCUUUGUGGAGCAGGUGUGUCUCACUAAGUGGACGGUCACACAUGAAGCUGCGAAGGUGGGUUGUCCGGAUAUUCUGAUGCUGCUGCUUCGACACGGAGCCAAAGUAACCGCCAGAGCCGGGCAUGGGGUGACUCCUCUGGGGGUCGCAGCUGAAUAUGGCAACAGUGCAGCUUUGGAGAUACUCAUACAGGAAGGGGGUGACGUGUGUGCCCAGGCCAGCAACGGGGACACAGUCCUGUAUGAUGCAUCUGGAUCUGGAAACCUGGACUGUGUCGAGCUGCUCCUGGAGCACGGUGCCAACCCAAACGUGGCCAGCUACGCCUGCCAGCUGCCCAUCCACAGAGCUGCAUAUGAGGGACACAUACUAGUCCUGAGGACUCUCAUCCCCAUCACCGCAAAGAGAGCUAUCCAUCUCUCAGGCCAGGACCCCGUCCACUCAGCAGCUGAUGGGGGACAGGUCGAGUGUCUGGAGCUGCUUCUGGAGAAAGGAUAUGAUGUCAACGCCUUGCUCGGCACACACAUCUCUGAGAACUACGGGGACCUGAGGAAGACUCCUCUGUAUUUUGCUGUUUCCAACGGUGACGUAACCUGUGCAGAGAGGUUGCUAGCAGCUGGAGCGAGCACUGAGCUGGACCCGCUACGAUGCAUCCUGGUCGCUAUACGUGCUGAGAGGCAUGAGCUGGUGCAGCUGUUGCUGUCCUACGGAGCAGAGGUGAAUUGUUACUUCAGAGCGCUCACCAACACAUUGUUCCCCACCGCCCUGCAGUACGGCCUGAGGGACCGCGUCAUGCUGCGACUGCUGCUCAACAGUGGAUAUCAAGCUUACAGGUGCUUCCAUUGUUGCCAUGGUAACGGUGAAGAAAUUGAUAGUACCUGGGCUGACCUCCAUAACCAAGCCUUCCAGAUUUACAGUCAAACUGACGUCAUCCCAUUCUGUGAGUUUGUAUCGGUGACGUGGUUCACGCAUCUGAUCGGCGGCAUUGUAAGGAUGCUCCUGGACUACGUCAACCACGUCAACAUCUGUCCCGUCCUCAAACAUGCCCUGGAGAAGACGCCUGAGUGGGAUGAGAUUUCUGACAUACUGAGCAAGCCACGCUCUCUGCAGCAUUUGUGUCGACUGGUAAUCCGAGGUCACAUCAGCCUCAGGACGUUGAAUGACCCCGAAGCCGCGGCCGCCGUCCCUUGUCCUCCGAGACUGAAGAGCUACCUGACCUACAGAGAGUAUGGUGACCUCUCCUCUACGUGAAACACAUUUGAUUUAUUCCUUUGUGAUUCAAACAUUAAUGAAAAAGCACUAGUCACUCUUUAUGAAAUAGCCAAUGGGAAUAUAUUUUCUCUCAAACUUUUGUAUUUUAUUUGUUAAGUUUUAUAUAUUAUGAGCUGGAGUGCCUUGUAGAGUGACUUUCUUUAUGUGUCACAAAAAAAAGAAUAUUUCCUUCCAGGCUUGAAUGAUUAAAAUGCCUAUUAUCUUUGUGUCGCUUGCUUGUUUUGCAUCGACAUAACACAUUAUAAAUCUAAUUUUUCUAUUAAUACUGGGCCAAUCAGCUGUGAAAUCCAUCCUUGUUUACCCCUGAACAGAUGCAGUAUAUUAUAUUUUUCUGUUUUGCCCUACUGCUCUCUUUCUAUUUGUGUCUGGUAUAGAUGUCUCGCAAAUGCACUGCACACCCACGCAGGUGUUUCCACUUCUUGCUAAUUAGACCGCUGCUCAGGGAGAACAUCAACCAAUCAGAAUGAUUUGAGCGUGAGCUGUCCCGCCCUAACAGGGAGAAAUCAACCAAUCAAGUGCAGUCCAGAGAGGAGGUCUAAUCAGGCAGGUUAAGUGAAAACACCUGUGUGGGUGGAUAACAUUAUUCUCACUUUGUGCUCAUAUUUUCGUAUACUCAAUAUGGGGUUUGAAAAUUAAAAACAAUAAUAGUACUGUGUCGGAUUUAUCAGAAUGUUAGUUAUUUUUGCAAUAAACAAUCAUAUUUUGAUAAAGAAAAUACAGUGUAA